AUGAUAAGCACUCCCGAUAACACGAAACAAUGGACAACUCUUCAUUAUGCUGUUGACUGUAAUAAUGUGGAUUUAUGUCGCUGGUUAACAUCGAAAGAAGGUCAAUAUCAAUGUGAUGUCAACCUUCUCACUGGUAUUGGUGAAAAUGUUUUACAUGUGAUAGCUCAAUCGAAUUGCAUAUGGGCAAAUCAAUCAAAAACUGGAAAUCCAUUGCGUAUGAUCGAAUUACUUAUUAAAGAUUGUGGUGCCGAUGUCAAUCAUGCUGAUGACGAAGGUCGUACUCCUUUGCAUCUGGCCGCGAUGCGAGGUCGACGUCCUUAUAUCAAGUAUUUAAUCUAUCAUGGAGCCAAAGUUGACGUGAGUAUGACAUCUAUAUCAUAG